AUGGUUAAAUCAGUGAUAAAGAAAGGAAAAUCUAUCAAAGAUACAUCAUCUCCAAAGGAAGAAAAUAUUCAAGAACAACAACAAGAAGAAAAUAUCCACGUUGUAUCUUCAUCUGAUGAAAGAGAAGAUGAAGAAGCGAACAAAGAUAUUGAUGACGAAAUUGACGGUCUAUCCGAUGCACAAAGUGAUAGCGAGACCACGAAACAUAAGAUAAAGAAGUUAGAUCCAAAAAAGAAGGAACAAGAUAAUAAUAGUAAUAAGAAGAAGAAUGCACUUGCUGAUUAUUCUAGUAUCAUAUAUGUGAGUAGAUUACCACAUGGGUUCCAUGAAAAGGAAUUGAGUAAAUAUUUCUCCCAAUUCGGUAAUUUGAAAGAAGUUAGAUUGGCCAGAAAUAAAAAGACUGGGAACUCGAGACAUUAUGGGUUCAUUGAAUUCACAAGUAAAGAUGAUGCAAAGGUUGCGGAAGAUACCAUGAAUAAUUAUCUAUUGAUGGGCCAUCUAUUACAAGUACGUCUUUUACCGAAGGGUACCAAGAUUGAAAAAUUAUACCAAUAUAAGAAGAGAGCAUUCAAUGAUAUGAAGGUGAAAAAGAGCUCUGAGCAGCUAAAGGAAAAGGCCAAGAAGAAGCAUGAAGAAAGAGUAGCCAAAUUAGUUGAAAGCGGCAUUGAAUUCAAAUGGUAA